AUGGCAGCUUCGACUUCGACUUCUUCCCCUGAAGUCCUGCACCUUCCGGUGGUCGUCGUCGGCGGUGGAAUGGGAGGUCUGUACACCGCACAUCAACUCCUGAACAAAUACAACUUCAAGAGCGAGGACAUUGUUGUUCUCGAGGCGCGCAGAGGUGUGGGAGGUCGCUUGGUGACCACGACACACGAUGUCACCAAUGGACAAACACCAGAAGUCAAAUUCAAUGACUUUGCGUGGAGAAUUGGAGAAACUAAUACCAUGAUGUUGCAGCUGGCUAAGGACUUUGGCGUUGAGCUUGUCGAACAGUUUACUCCGCCUGCUGAUGCGAGCAAGAAGGAAAGCCAUGAAUUUGAUACUAAACCUCGCACAGAAAACAAGGCUCCCUUGUCCACGUACAGUGCUGCUGCCUUGGAAUCUACUACUUUGGCCGAUCUUCAGGAUCGUGAAUCUGGAUACGCCGGUCGCACAGCGCAGAUUGCUUUUCCUGGAGAGUCUCAUGGUUCCAAGCAUUGGUUCGCACCCAAGGGGCUGAACGCGUUCCCCAGAGCCGUUCUCGAAACUCUACCAGAAGGAAUGGUGAAGACCUACCACAGGGCCGCAGACGUCGAGAAACAGGAGGACGGGACCUACAAGGUCACAGUGAUGCACAGCCAUGGAUACGACUUUACUGAAAAGCACUAUAUCUGUGAACAAGUCGUCCUCGCAGUUCCCCCCUUCCAGGCUCGCACCUUUUCGGUUGCCAAGGACAUGCAACCCGCACUCUUUGCAGUCUAUGAGCGUCGACUUGGCCACAUCUAUGUCCAAUGCAAGCCUGGAACUGUCAAGGUCCCUGAUGCCUCCACUGGUCCUGAUCGAAUCUAUAAGAUGAUUCCAGACAACAUUCUCCAGCAGAUUGUCUCGGGCGACUACGGGCACAAUGUUUUCCAGGCUGGAUACGCCUGCGAUCGCUUUGAACGAGUCUGGAGAGAGCUACAGUUUCAAGGAAAUGAUGUUGUGAAUCAGGAGGUGCGCAAGCAGCUUGCCAAGAUCAGUGGUGUUGACCCAGCAUUGGGGGAUCAGAUCGAGCAAGCCUUUGUAAGGAUUUUGUUUGUGCAUCGCUGGCAAGUCGAAGCUCAUGUCAAUGGAAAGACCAAAGAAGAGCUCUCACUGCAAGCUAUUACUCCCAACCCCGUCCGUUUGCCCGGUCUCUAUUUGGUGGGCGAAGCUUUCUCGUCUCAGCAAGGAUGGACAGAAGGCGCAGUCAUGACUGCCUCCAAAGCUGCGGAAUUCAUUGGUCAGCACAAGUCAGAGCGCAACGUGAUGGUGCCUGAGGGCGUAUCUCCGUACAACAUGCCUUGCAAGGUGGACGAGACCAGCAUGGUAUACAGAGAUCUAGUCUUGGAAGCCUCCACUUUUGCAGGCAUCCACCCUGGAGGAGCCGGCCCCAUCAAUUGGAUGAAGGGCCAUGACGUGACUAACAUGUUUGAAAACUACCACAAGGGGUGGCCAAAUCCUCUUGCCACAAUUUUCGGUAUCCAGAAAGGCAGCCUCAAACAAGAUGAUUAG